AUGGCUCCCAAGAAAACCCCACCCACCGCCGCCGCCGGCGCAGAAUCCUCCCCCUCAAAGUUCACCUGGACGCCUGAAUCCGAGCUCCGCCUGCUGUACCUGUCGUCUAUCCCGCGGUCCAUCGGCGCGCGCGAGCACGCUGAGAUCGCGGCCGUCCUCGGCGCUACCCCGGGAGCCGUGCGUAACCGGGUCUGGAAGAUCAAGGUCGAUCAUAAGAAGGCUUAUGAGGAUGCUGGGCUUGUUGUCCCCGGCGCGGAGGGCGUUAGUAAGAUUGGGGGUAGGAGUGUUGAGGACGGGGGACCGGUGAAGAAGGGUGGGAAGAAGAGGGCGGCUGAUGGGGAGGUGGAGGGUGAGAGGAAGAAGAGGGGGAAGGUUGUUAAGGAUGAGGGUGGGGGUGGUGAUGAGGAGGAGGAUGAGGAGGAGAGGAAGGUUGGCGUGAAGACUGAAGUUGAUGAUGAGGAUGACAAUGGUCACGAACAGGAGUACGCUUAG